AUCUUUUGCUCUUCACAAGAAAGGACUUCAUUACCCACAAGCCACCACGUCGACGUAGUGGACCACGGACGUCAAGAUGGGGCUUGAGAGUACCAUGGUCUGUGUGGACAACAGUGAGUACAUGCGAAAUGGAGACUUUCUGCCCACCAGGCUGCAGGCUCAGCAGGAUGCAGUUAUCAUUGUGUGUCACUCUAAGACCCGCAGCAACCCUGAAAACAACGUGGGCCUCAUCACCAUGGCAAACAACUGUGAGGUGCUGACCACACUGACUCCAGACACGGGGAGAAUACUGUCCAAGUUGCAUGCUGUGCAGCCAAUAGGAAACAUCAGCUUCUGCACGGGCAUCAGGGUGGCACAUUUGGCAUUGAAGCACAGACAGGGCAAAAACCACAAGAUGCGCAUUAUUGCAUUUGUUGGAAGCCCAGUUGAAGACAACGAAAAAGAAAUGGUCAAAAUGGCGAAGCGUCUGAAGAAAGAAAAAGUCAACGUGGAUAUCAUUAACUUUGGAGAGGAGGAGAUGAACACAGAGAAGCUGACGGCCUUUAUCAACACACUGAAUGGUAAAGAAGGUGCAGGCUCCCACUUGGUCACAGUACCUCCAGGCCCCAGUCUGGCUGAUGCCCUGCUCUCCUCACCCAUCCUGGCUGGAGAGGGAGGUGCAGUGUUAGGCCUGGGGGCCAGUGACUUUGAGUUUGGAGUGGAUCCCAGUGCAGACCCGGAGCUGGCCUUGGCUCUGAGGGUGUCUAUGGAGGAGCAGAGACAGCGGCAGGAGGAUGAAGCUCGCAGAGCCGCUGUUGCAUCAGCUACUGAAGCUGGCAUUUCCUCUCCUGUCGCAGAUGAGUCUGAGGAUGCCCUCCUGAAGAUGUCUGUUCCAAACACAGAGUCCUCCACACCUGCUUUACCAGACUUCAGCCGCAUGACAGAGGAUGAGCAGAUUGCCUAUGCUCUGCAGAUGUCUAUGCAGGGACCAGGAGCAGAGUUUGGAGCUGAGGACAUGGACACGGGAGCUGACAUGGAUUCCAGUCAGGCGAAGGAUGAAGAGGACUACGAUGUUAUGCAGGAUCCAGAGUUCCUCCAGAGCGUCCUGGAAAACCUUCCUGGAGUCGAUCCCAACAAUGAGGCCAUCCGUAACGCCAUGGGUUCUCUGGCUUCCCAGACUGGCUCUAAACCCGACGCCAAGAAAGACGAGGAGAAAAAGAAAUAAACACUCGAAGAAGAAUUGAACAUAUGAUGAAUAAACAGACCUGAGAAUUGCACUGCGUGUGUUAUUCACGGUUAUAUUAUUACUCUCCUCAACACAGGAAAUCUUUUGUUUAUGUAGCUGUGUGAACUGUGAACAAUGUUUUCCUUUUUUCAACUUUAGGUUAAAUGAUUUCUGAUUUUCAUUUAUUUGUGUCAAGCACAUUCUUCCUUUUGAAUCUUUUCUAAUAUAACUACUCAGCAGCAUGGGCCGAUUACAUCUCUUAAUAAAUUUAUAAGGUGAAACUUUGUGAUUCUUGAAAUUAAUUUACUUUUGUGAAAGCUGCCACAGUUUGAUCUUUUCCCUCCUGCUUUUCCGAAAUAAUAAUGAAUGUGGUAUUGGAAUUUGUAUGCUUGAAUCACUUUUUGUUAACAGUGUAUAAUGAUUUAUAUGAUUUCACGCAAUUAAUAAACGUGAAUUCAGGGAGAUA